ACGGCCGUCGGUGUUCUCGCGGCUAGCUGAGCCUCUAACGAGAAAUUGUAGCCGUGGAAGGAAGCGUCGGUUUAGUUCUGACCCCCAAGGUCUAGGCUUGGGCCCUCAGAGGGUGCGUUCUGGAGAGGCCCAGCUGCUGGCAGGACUGCUUUUCCUGAACACGGUGCAAACACGUGAAGGUAGUUGGAGUCCCCUAGGAAUGGAUAAAUUCGUCCUUCGAACACCCAGAAUCCAGAAUAGUCCUCAGAAGAAAGCUCCUGGAGGAAAGAUUUACAAGCAGGCCACGAUUGAAUCUCUGAAGAGAGUUGUGGUUAUAGAAGACAUAAAAAGAUGGAAAACUAUGUUGGAGCUUCCUAAUCAAACCAAGGAGAAUCUAGUUGAAGCCUUACGAGAAUUAAAGAAGAAAAUACCCUCCAAGGAAGUGUUAAAAUCAACAAAGAUAGGUCACACUGUGAACAAGAUGCGUCAACACUCAGAUUCAGAAGUGGCUUGUCUUGCCAGAGAAGUUUACACUGAGUGGAGAACUUUCAUUGAAAAACACAUGGAUAGACCUUCUAUAGAAGUCCGAAGUGAUUCCAAAACCGAGACAUUUAGGAAAAACGCCCAGAAAUUACUCUCGGAAGCCUUGGAAUUGGAGAUGGAUCACCUACUGGUUGAAAAUAUUGAACGGGAAACAUUUCAUCUGUGCUCCCGCCUCAUUAAUGGGCCAUACCGGCGGACAGUGAGAGCCCUGGUCUUCACAUUAAAGCAUCGAGCUGAAAUCCGGGCUCAGGUGAAGAACGGCACGCUGCCAGUCGGCACGUUUGUACAGACCCACAAAAAGUGACCUGAGGAUGGUUCCAACCCUGGGCUGGGCAGAAAGGAAAAUGGGCCUUUCUCUGCCAUUCAAAGACUCUUUUGAGUUUGGGCGAUGGCUGAUGCUGGCGGUGCUGAAUUUUCCCAUGGUGCCAUUCCUUCAGACAGAGGAUACAGAGAGCCCUGGGAGACAGACCUGCAGGAAAUGCUUCAUUAGCUGGAGUGCGCUGGUGCUGCCUAACAGGAUGUGCGCUCGCUGUCGCUAGGAAGCGCAGUACGGUUGCCAUCACCCAACACAGUGAAAGGGUGACGGAUUCCACUGUGAAUAUGCCAGGGACACCUCUAAACUUCCCCCGUGUCAGGCAGAUGAAGUUACUACUUUAUUUUGCCACCCUGCAGGUAACUGAAACUCAAUUACCACAGCUGCUCACUCGGUUCCAUCCCCCUGAGUUUAGAUAGCUCCAGCGCCUCUCAGAACUCCCCUGUCUGUUCUCUUUGCUCUACCCCAGGGGUGAGCCUGCCGGAGCCCACCAACUACCCCUUCUUUCCAGAACUCACUUAUCUGAACGUUUCAGCUCUCCCUGGAAGACCUUCUGCGUUGGUCUCCAGAGCCCCCAUGCUGAGGCUUCUAAUGAGGAACUGGCCUGAAGCAUCCCCACACCUUGGGGUUUAUUUGAAUAUGUUGGCUCUCUCGGUUUAGGGCUCUGUAGAAGAUACAUAAUGAAAUUGCUCUUGAAAUGAAUUACUGUAGGAGAAAAAUUAUAUACAUAUGUAUUUUCAGAUGAAAUACCCGUAUAUAGACUUGCUUGAACAAUUAUG